AUGACUAUUUCUGUUUGGCUAAAACAAGAAUGGUUUGACCGAAAAUUGAGUUGGAAACCGUCUGAAUAUGGUGGAGUUUCAGUUCUUUAUGUUCCUUAUGAAAUGAUUUGGAAUGCAGAAGGCUUUUAUAAUAUAACGAUAAAUACAAAAGCAACACUUCAUUCGGAUGGGAGAGUUGUUUGGGAACCUCCAGCUAUUUUUAAAUCUCUCUGUCAAAUUGAUAUUCAAUGGUUUCCAUUUGAUGAACAAAAUUGUCAUCUUAAGUUUGCCUCGUGGUCUUUCCCAACAAAUCUUUUACAUUUAACUUUGGUUAAUGAAAGCAGCACAGAUGUUAAAUUUAUUGGUAAUUAUGGACAGGAGGAAGUUGAAACAAUUGUGGAAGAUGGAAUAGACCUUAGUGAUUAUUAUCCUUCUGUGGAAUGGGAUAUUAUGGGAACUCAAGCAAAAAGACGUCUUAAACGAUUUAUGGGUUCCAAAAAUGGUGAUUAUGAAGAAAUUGAUUUUAAUCUUGCAUUACGUCGAAAACCUCUCUUUUACACUGUUAACUUAGUCUUCCCUUGUGUGGGUAUUUCUUUUCUCACAGCACUUGUUUUCUACCUUCCAUCAGAAUCUGGUGAAAAAAUUUCUCUUUCAAUUAAUAUACUUGUUGCUUUAACUAUGUUCUUCCUUUUACUUGUAAAUUAA